AUGGAAUCCACCGGGCGGGAUGCAGCACCGCAACCACAGCUGCUGUCACUGGGGCGCAACGAUGCCACGCGCCUGCUGGAAGUGUAUGUAAAGCGCAGCCUGAGCGUCAACGACGGGCGAGCCGGGGGCAGGAGGCCAGGGGUCAAACCCCGCAAGUGGGUGGCCCUUGCAGAGAAGAGCAGCCGCGUCAGACGCCACUCCAGCGACAGCUCCGCCCACCUGCCGCCCGAUGAGGUGGCGGCGGUAAUCGCGGGCUUCCAGCCAGCCCCCACAGAGGGCCCAACAGAGGGCCCCACAGAAAGGCCCCUGGAGGCCCAUCUGGAGAGCUCCACGGACCCCCCAGAAGACGACCCCUCAGAGAGGCUCGCGGUCUCCCGUUUGGACAGCUCCACAGAGCCGAAACAGGACGACAAGAAAGGCGCCAAGAAAACUAAGAAGCCGUCCUUCUUAAAAAGCUUCCUGAGCCUUUUCUCCAGGAAGGGGGGCGAGAAAAAGGAGGAAAGAAAAUCCAGCAGUCCAGAGAGAGUGGGGUCCUUCGCCCCCCUGGACACCCCCUCCCCAUCCAUUUCCUGUCUGCCUGUCCAUGGGCCUUCCUCGGACGGUGACCAGUCCUCACCUCAGGCGAGACGGUCUGUCAGGAGGAAGCUUACUCGCAGGAAGUUCUCCUUCCGAAACCGUGGCUCGGACCAGGCCAGAAGGUCUCUGAAGAAGCCCAGCACUCUGGACCUGUCUGAAACAGAGCACAUACAAAAUCCUGUCAGUGUGGAGCCAACAAGCUUAUACUAUGAAAAGGUAUCAGAGGAGUUGGAGAAGAUUGUGAAGGAGGUGAAAGACAGUCCCACAGAUGAGCGUCGCAGCAUCUUUGAUCAAAGCCCUGAGUCUUUGAGGAUUAGGAAUGCUAAAGAAGCGGAGGUUAUUGAAAGGAUCAUAAAUUUGAUUAAACAGCAAGGAGAUGCCAUUGAUAAGGAGCUGAAGCUGAACGACGGUGGCGUCGGCUCCUUCUUCCACACGCUGUCCUACGGCUCCUUCCAGCAGCUGGCCGACCUCUACGUGGAGUCGGGGGCCCCCGCCCUGCCACCGGAGGGCGCGGCCACCGCCCCGGAGCUGGUCAAGUUCGCCUUCACCCUGGACUUCACCGCCAAGGUGGCCGGCCUCUCCAGCCAGACCCUGGGCCGCAUCAUGGGUUUCGGGAACCAGUACCUGCAGGACCGCUUCACCCAGAUGAGCGUGGCUCAUGGGCCGGAAUCCCAGUCGAGACCAGCGCAGAAUUUCAGCGGUCCAGACUAAGCACAGUUGAACAGAGCGAGUGGAAACAGGAACCUCAUCGCCCAGCGGAGUCCGUUCUCAACUCCUGGGACCUGGGAUUCACUGUAAACAGAAACAAACACCAAAGCAAACACCAGAGCCGAGAGUGGUUUCCAAGGAAACCCUGAAACCUGAUAAAAAUGCAAAAAAUCUCUGACGUCUGCUAGCAAGAAGAGGAAGCACACCUUGACUGCUGAUUUAGUGGACACAACAGGACGGACUACAUGAUAGCGUUUACAAGGACAUCUUUUCUUAAACAAAUAUUUUCUUUGAAAUAAGCCAAUGUUUAUUUCCCCUUGAACUAAGAUGAUAUUUAAAUCUAGGCACUUUAUACAUAAUACAGUUAAAAUAUUUAACAGUGUGUGCAGGCACACACUUGCAAUGCAAUUCUCUUUAAAAUACAUUUUUACUGAAUAAAUGUUUUCAAUUUUA